GUUAUUUGAAAUCCGGAAGUGUUUUGAAACAGUCCAGCAGCAGGUUGACACAGCAAGCGCGCGUUUGCGGUGCGUUCGCUUCUGUUUCUGUGUCGCGCGGAUUAUGAGAGCGCGGGAAGGAGGUGCUGAGGGCCGCGUGAGCUGAGUCAACGUGAAUCAUCUAUAUGGGCCAUCUUUUCUCAAGAAAUGGUUACAGCCUGAAGAAGAAAACACGGAAGCUGCGCAAGAAGAAGAGGAGGAGGAACUGCUUCCUUCAGGGGCCCUGCAUGCUGUGCUUCAUCGUCCACGGCACUAGCGGGAGCAUCGAGGACGACUGGCCCUUCGAGAGCAGCUGUGCGGUGGCGGCAGCGGCGGCUGCGUCCAAACUCGCCGAGCGCUACGUUUCCUUGAACUCGCCUGAGGAGUGCGCCAAGUUCCUCCUCUCUCCGGGAGAGCUGGCCAUCUGGGAAGGCCAGGGUCGAAGUCUGCUGUCCGCCGUGCCGGCCAAGCUGAUCGGGCCCCCGGCGCUCUUCUGCGCCGUCGUCCCGGCCGCAGACUAUUCGGAAAUGGUGUGCAAGCGCAAGUGUGCUGAGCUGCAGCGGUGUACGCCCCGCAAGCAGCCGCGCUGUGCCUUCCAGGAGGCCAUGGAGAACGGAGAAGAGCGAGGAGACGGCUCCGCUCCGGAGAGCCAGUGCCUCCUGCCUUCGCUCUGCCCGUCCUCCUCUUCUUCCUCCGCGUCGGAGGAGGACGGCUCCGGCGCAGCGUGGCAUACAGACGCGGGCGGUGCUGCGGCCUCUUCCUCCUCCUCCUCCUGCUGCUGCCAACUGUCCCAAAAUGAGGGAUCGGAGGAGGGAAAGAGCGCUGAAAACACAGACACGUCCCACAUUAACCAGCUGCCCUCAUCCAUACUGCUCAAGGUGUUCUCUCACCUGUCGGUGAAGGAGAGAUGUCUGGGCGCGUCUCUGGUGUGUAAGUACUGGCGCGACCUCUGCUUAGACUUCCAGUUCUGGAAACAGAUUGAUCUCAGUGGCCUCCAGCAGGUUAAAGAUGAUCUCCUGGUGAAGAUAGCGUCCAGGAGACAGAACGUCACUGAGAUCAACAUUUCCGACUGCCGGAACGUUCAGGAUCACGGCGUUUGUUCUCUGGCGUCAAACUGUCCCGGCCUGAUCAAGUACACGGCGUACCGCUGUAAGCAGCUGAGCGAUGUGUCUCUGUGCACUGUGGCCAUCCACUGCCCGCUUCUGCAGAAAGUUCACGUCGGAAACCAGGACAAACUCACCGACCACGCUCUUAAACUGUUGGGCGAACACUGCAAAGAGCUGAAGGACGUGCACUUCGGUCAGUGCUACAGCAUCAGUGACGACGGGCUGGUGGCGCUGGCGCAGGGAUGCAACAAACUACAGAGAAUCUACAUGCAGGAAAACAAACUGGUGACAGAUAAAUCGGUGCAGGCGUUUGCGGAGAACUGUCCCGAGCUUCAGUUCGUGGGCUUCAUGGGCUGUUCGGUCACGUCGCAGGGCGUCAUUCACCUCACCAGGCUUCAGCACCUGAGCAGUCUGGACCUGCGGCACAUCUCUGAGCUCAACAACGAGACCGUGAUGGAGGUGGUGAGAAAGUGCCGGAACCUGACGUCCCUCAACCUCUGUCUCAACUGGACCAUCAAUGACAGAUGUGUGGAGAUCAUCGCGAAGGAGGGCCGGAGUCUGAAGGAGCUUUAUCUGGUGUCCUGCAAGAUCACAGAUCACGCUCUGAUCGCCAUCGGUCAGUACAGCAGCACCAUUGAGACGGUGGACGCCGGCUGGUGUAAGGAGAUCACGGAUCAGGGCGCCACUCAGAUCGCCAAGAGCAGCAAGUCUCUGCGUUACCUGGGCCUGAUGAGGUGUGAUAAGGUGAACGAGGAGACCGUGGAGAGACUGGUGCUGCAGUAUCCACACAUUGUGUUCAGUACAGUGAUGCAGGACUGUAAGAGAACGCUGGAGCGAGCCUAUCAGAUGGGCUGGAGCCCCAACACAUCCACAGCCUCCUAACACACACACACACACACACACCUGUCCAUGACGCCACUGCAGAAUCAAUAUCAUAACUAUGCCGUUUAUUCCGCCUUCCUUUAUCAAAUGACAUUAUGCAGCAGAAACAUCAAUAUUAUGCUAGAGCCGUUUGAUUUGAACGUGAAUGAAUAUGUUCACACACACACACACACACACACACCAUUCUGACAUGCAGCGCUGCAUUUAUUUAUAUUUACUAAACUCGUCAGUAACAUGAUCAGCUCAUAUUUUACUCUAAAAUCAAGAGAGAGAGAAAUAAGAACUGGCUUUUUUGGUUUUGCAUUUUGCAUUAGGGGAAAAAACUUUUUUGGACCACAGGAUUUUUGCAUUAUGUUAUUUCCCUGCCGAUCUCAUUAACUGACGCAUCUGGACAUUUCACUUAGAAAUGAUUUGUUUGUUAUUUUCAUUAUUGUCAAAGGUGAUUUUCAUUAGAUUCUCAUUACUGGAACACGCUCAUUUUUACUGCAGUAUGGGGGAAAUACUGUGGAAGCUUGAAAAAAGCUUGAAAACAAAAGAUAAUUGUGACUUUUUAUCUCACAAUUCUGACAUUUUUUUUCUCACAAUUGCGAGUUUACGUCAUCUGACUUUUUUCUCAGAAUUGUGUUAUAUAAAGUCCAAUUUUGAGGGGGGGGGGGAAAGACUGACUUUUUUCUCAGAAUUGCAAGUUUAUAUCUCACAAUUCUGAGAAAAUUGUGAGAAAAAAGUCAGAACUGUGUGAUUAAAAAGUCACAAUUCCCUUUUUUAUUUUUUAUUCAGUGGUGGAAACAAGCUUUCAUAAAAUACUGUUACAGAUUAUUAAAUAAAUAUAAGCCUAGUACAGAUUCAACCAUGAUGUAGAAAUUCUUCAAAUUAAGUAUUAUCAUUAAUAUUAUUAUUUGCAUUGCCGUAAUGACAAUUUGAGGGUAAAUGUGCAUUUAAUUCACUGCAAUAAAUGAUGUUCUUCCUCAGUGUUUCUGUCUUGUUUUCCAGCACAAAUAUCUAAACAUUCUUAAAUCAAGAUACAUUUACUGGAGAAGAGAAAUGACUGAAGAUAUUAAAGUCUUGACUGAUGAAAAAAUGAAGUGAGUUUGUGCUUAAAACAAGGAAAAAAUAUCUGCUAAUGGGGUCAGAAAAAUAAUCUUGUUUUCCCUUGAAUCAAGUUUAUUUUAUAUUUGCCCAUCUCAAUUUUGAUGAUUUAUUUAUUUACUUUUUCAGAAAUCAAGACUUAAUAUCUUCAGUCAUUUUGCUUCUCCAGUAAAUGUAUCUUGGUUUAAGAAUGUUCAGAUAUUUGUGCUGGAAAACAAGACAGAAAUACUAAGCACAAAAAUAUUGAUAUUAAAAUAAUGGCUUGGCUUAAUUUUCAUCAUGCUAUAUAUUUCUUGUUUCUCUCUCCUAAUUUUGGGGUGAAUUGUGGCGUCUGUCAUGUUCAGUGUGUUCUCGACAGGUUUCGUGCGAUUCUCCUCUUUAGACUUCAGUUAGUUCGUAGUUCCUUUCGAGUGCGAGUUCAUUUACACACGUUACACUUUCAUUAGAAAUCAGUCUCUAUUUCAGUGAACGUUUAGAAGUAUGAAGUGAAAUGCUGUCUGAUCGAGCGUGAAACUCUCCGUGUAACUGCCUGGCGAUCAUGGACGUCUCAGUUUCAGAGUGUUCCAGCAGUGAACGGCUCUCGUAUGUGUUCGUGUUGUAGAUCUAGACGUGAAGACGCAGGACGGGACUGUACUGCCGCGUGUUCUUGAUUUCAUUUGAGAUGACGUCGUUUACUCUUGUGAAUCUGUAACCCUGUGGUUUGGAGUUUGUUUUUGGAUGUAAACAGAUUUUUGUGUUCAGUUUUUUUGAGAUAUAUCCACCAUAUGGAAUUUUGCAUAACCUGUGAAUAUUUGAUGACUCCGGGCUGUGAUGUAUUAGCCUGGAGUGUAACCCGUAAGAGAUGCUGAGUUUGAAGUAGAGAGGUUAGUUACGUUACUCAUCUACGCGUCUUCUGCUCCAUAGCUUGCCUGUGAUAUUUUCUCAUUCAGACGAGCAGGGUAUUUUUAUAUGGUGUCCGUAGCGCUCGCACCGUCACACGUGAAGGGAGGAAGACUUUAGUUACAGCCUUGAUCUUUUACUGUACUGGGGGAUUUGAGUCAAUUAAAAAACACAAUUCUA